AAAUUGGUACAAUGAUAAAAUAAUAAUAAUAAUAAUAAUAAAUGGACAACAAUAUCUGUAGCAUUAGCAUGAGAAACAUUAUCCAUAUUUACCCAAAGUUAUUUUAUUUAUUUAUUUUUAAUAAACAAUAUCCUUUUUUUAUUUUUUUUAUUUUUUUAUUUUUUGGUGGAAAAAGGAAUGUGUAGCUGAAGUUAUUUAAAAAAUUAUUUAUUGCUUAUCUAAAAAGAAAAUGAGCCAUAUAGCUUAGUAUCCGAGGAUUGCAUUCGACAUUAUAACCUUACCAGACAUGAGGAUGGGUUGGCUGAGUCUACUCUUAUUAUUGGUAUCAACGUUGACGUCCAAGCUGACGUGGGCGUUGGAGACCCCGACUGGAUCGGACCUCAGUAUUCUGACUCGGGAGCUGCUGGAGUCGGCGAGAAACCCCGAGUUCUUGGAUUGGCUGAGAAGGGUUCGAAGGAGAAUCCACCAGAAUCCAGAGCUGUCCUUCGACGAGUACGAGACGAGUCGACUCAUUAGAUCGGAGUUGGAUUUGCUUGGGAUCAAAUAUGCCUGGCCCAUCGCCAAGACUGGGCUGGUGGCGUCCAUUGGGUCUGGCCUCCAGCCAUGGUUCGGUCUCCGGGCAGAUAUGGAUGCUCUUCCUAUUCAGGAACUGGUUGACUGGGAGUAUAAGAGCAAGAACAAUGGCAAAAUGCAUGCUUGUGGCCAUGAUGCUCAUGUAACAAUGUUGCUUGGAGCAGCUAAGUUACUUCAAAGCAAAAGCCACGAACUAAAGGGCACUGUUAAGCUUGUUUUUCAACCUGGAGAAGAGGGUCUAGCAGGGGCUUACCAUAUGAUACAAGAGGGUGCUCUUGAUAAUUUUCAAGCUAUUUUCGGAUUACAUGUUGCACCAGAUAUGCUCACAGGUACGAUAGGUUCAAGGCCUGGUCCGAUGCUUGCCGGCUCUGGCAGAUUCUCAGUCAUAAUCGAAGGGAAAGGUGGACAUGCAGCAAACCCACACGUAGCAAUAGAUCCUGUUCUUGCGGCAUCAUCGGCUAUCCUUGCACUUCAACAAAUUCUUUCGCGAGAAACUGAUCCUCUAGAGGCCAGGGUGGUAACCAUAGGAUUCGUUGAAGGUGGGCAGGCACUAAAUGUAAUUUCACAGACUGUGAGAUUUGGAGGCACUUUCCGGAGCAUGACUUCAGAGGGUUUAUCCUACCUCCAAAAACGGAUCAAAGAGGUGAUACAAAUGCAAGCUUCGGUGCAUAGGUGUAAUGCCACAGUAGACUUCAUGGAGGAAAAGAUGAGACACUAUCCAGCCACAGUGAACGACGAAGCAACAUACAAACACGGCAAGAGGGUUGGAGAAUUUUUGCUUGGAGAACAGAAUGUGCACCUUUAUCCACCGUGGAUGGCAGCAGAGGACUUCAGCUUCUACUCAAAGAAAAUGCCAGCAGCGUUUUUUAUGAUUGGGAUAAAGAAUGAAACUCUAACAUCCGACAAACCUUUGCAUUCUCCUCGCUUUGUUCUCGACGAAGGUGUUCUUCCAAUAGGAGCGGCUUUCCAUGCGGCUGUGGCAAUUUCCUUCCUGGAUAAUCAUGUUAAGGAAAUUCAUUAACAACUCUGGAUGGAGCAUAUACAUUACCAUUUUGUUGUUUUACAUUUGAAUAUUGUUGUAAUACAUUUUAAUAAACUACCAGAUGACGUACCAAGUAGCUCUAAUUGUUUUUUGUAAUUUGAUAUGCUUUAACUUUUUUUU